AUGGUGCCGCCCCCACCUCCGCCUCCGUCACCAGGGCCUCCGUCACAGCCGUCUCCCCAGGGAACAGACGGCGGCUCACAGAGCAGCAACAUCUUGCAGCAACAUCUUGCAGCAACAUCUUGCAGCAACAUCUUGCAGCAACAUCUUGCAGCAACAUCUUGCAGCAACAUCCUGCAGCAACAUCCUGCAGCAACAUCUUGCAGCAACAUCUUGCAGCAACAUCUUGCAGCAACAUCCUGCAGCAACAUCCUGCAGCAACAUCUUGCAGCAACAUCUUGCAGCAACAUCUUGCAGCAACAUCUUGCAGCAACAUCUUGCAGCAACAUCUUGCAGCAACAUCUUGCAGCAACAUCUUGCAGCAACAUCUUGCAGCAACAUCUUGCAGCAACAUCUUGCAGCAACAUCUUGCAGCAACAUCUUGCAGCAACAUCUUGCAGCAACAUCUUGCAGCAACAUCUUGCAGCAACAUCUUGCAGCAACAUCUUGCAGCAACAUCUUGCAGCAACAUCUUGCAGCAACAUCUUGCAGCAACAUCUUGUAGCAACAUCUUGUAGCAACAUCUUGUAG